AUGCAUGUGUGUCUGUGUGAGAUGUGCUUAAUCAUGCAGGGUAUCAUCGGCAUCCUCCGCACUGCCAUCCUGCUCCUCGUCAGCCUCGCGUGGUGUAGUGUGCUCGUCGCCGCCGCCGGCGGGGUGGACGGCGUGUUGAACGUCCAGGACUACGGUGCUCUAGGGGACGGGACCACGGACGACACCAAGGCGUUCGUGGAUGCAUGGGCGGCGGCGUGCGGCGCCACUGGCUCGUCGGCGACGCUGCACGUGCCGGCGGCGAAGUCAUUCCUCGUCGGUCUCACCAGGUUUAGUGGGCCAUGCGCCUCCACUAGAAUCACCGUCCAGGUCUUGGGCACGAUUACGGCGCCGCCGGCGAGCGCAUGGAGUGAGAAGAAGAACUAUUGGCUGAUGUUCUACCAGGUCGACGGGCUCACGGUUACCGGCAACAGCACCGGCUUGCUCGACGGCAGCGGCAAGACGUGGUGGAGCGAUAAAUGCAAACACGGUGAUGAUGAUUGUGUAACUAAGGCACCGACGGCCUUGUUGGUCAUGAACUGCACCGACGUGGAGCUGAGCCAAUUCAGCAGCAAGGACAGCCCGCAGAUGCACAUCGGCCUCAGCAUGAGCGGUAAGGUCAACGUGACGCAGCUCACCAUCACCGCGCCGGAGGACAGCCCCAACACCGACGGCGUGCACGUCGACCGGAGCGAAGACGUCCACAUCACCGGCUCGACCAUCGGCACGGGCGACGACUGCAUCUCCAUCGGCCCCGGGAGCCGCUUCGUCACCGUCGACAGAAUCGUCUGCGGCCCCGGCCAUGGUGUAAGUGUGGGGAGCCUGGGCAGGGAUGGAGCAAACGAAUCCGUGGAGUACAUCGACGUGAGAAACGUCCAGUUCAUCAACACGACGAAUGGAGCAAGGAUCAAGACGUGGAAGGGUGGGAAAGGUUACGCGAAAUCCAUCUCCUUCACCAACAUAAACUUCACCAACGUGGACCAUCCUGUGAUAAUCAACCAGUUCUACGAAGAUCGCCAGGACGUCUCAAAUACGGGGGCGGUGGCGCUGAGCAACAUAACGUACACGAACCUCAACGGGACAUCGACAGGAAAGACGGCCGUCGACUUCGAUUGCAGCAAGAACGGCAGCUGCAUGGACAUCCACGUCAACACCGUGGCGAUCACGGCCGCGGACGGUGGAGCAACCGUGGCUCGCUGCCAGAACGCGGAAGUGGACACCUCCGGGUUCGUCUACCCGAAGAUCCCUUGCGUAGCUAACGCUGCAUCGCCCAGCCCGGCCAACGCCCCGUCGCCCAGCCCACGGCUUAGCAGUUAG